CAAUCCGCAUUUCUCGUUCAUUCAUCAAUCCCAACUAAAGAAUCAAGGCUAAGGCUAGCAUUUUUUAAUUCCUUAAUAAAGAAAUGGCAACCAACACUAGUAACAGCAACAAGUGCGAACUCAAAACUCGGUGGGUUGACCCCGCCUCGGCAACUUAACCAGUGUGAUAUAAGAAUCAUGCAAGGGUAUCCUCUGCUUCUCGGGCCGUUUGCUAUUACUGUGGUCAGACGACCAGGUUUACGGCACACUAAUGUAGCCUGAAGCGCUAGUCGAGAUCUCGAACUGUUAAUUGGCCAGUCACAGUAAGCACAGCCUUGUGAGGUGCCAUUCUAUACUUGUCAACGUAAUGGGAAAACGCCGGACUUCAGCUAGGCCCCAAGCUAAACAAACUUGUUUUCGGGAUCCAUAACAAUGACCUUGAAAAUAUAACAUCCUUACGACCGGCCAAGGGCAACUACAUGGGCAAACUUCGAUUGAUCUGCAAUGAUUGGCAAAACUGUGGUAGCAACGGCUAUUUUGGCCGCAGCGGCCGUCCGUGCUGACGAGACUACGUACGAUGUUAAUGCCGUCUGUAAUAAUGACCAGUUGAUGCGAUGGUUCGACCACGACCACGGCCUCUGGAAGGCUAAUGACGGAGUAUAUUAUUGGUGGAAUUCGGCCAAUAUGCUGGCAACAUUUGCAGAUUUGGCCAAGGUAAACCCGAAUGUCCUAAAUGUGUACGGUGGAAUAUUUGAUACUGUACACAACAACGCACCGAACCACCAUCCUUUCGUCACCCUAGUGAAACAAGAUACUGGUCAGGUCACCAAAAACUACACUUUCCCCUCUACGAGGAUACGACAGAAGCGUGCAAGUGGCUUCCUCAACGACUACUACGAUGAUGAGGGCUGGUGGGGUCUUGCGUGGAUUGCUGCUCUUGAUGUCACUGGAAAGCAUGAGUUCCUUGACGAGGCCAUAACAAUUUGGUAUGAUAUGAAGGCUGGGUGGAACAAACACCACUGUGGUGGUUUGCCUUGGAACAAGAACGGCGCUGGUCCGGUUUCAAUCGCGAAUGAACUUUACAUUCAGCUGGGAGCUGCCAUCUCGAACAGAGUAGGUCUUGACCAGAAGGACAUCUAUCUCGGUGCCGCCAAAGAUGCAUGGGACUGGUUCUCUAAGUCCGGAGUCAUUGGUUCUGAUCAUCUCAUCCGCGACGGCGUAGAUUCGGACUCGUGCCAGCCCAAUGGGGAUACCUUUACAUACAACCAGGGUGUCAUCGUUGGCGGUCUGGUCGAACUCUGGCGGGCAACUGGCGAACUUUAUUGGAUUGAUCAGGCCGAGCUGAUUGCCAUGGCUGUGACUCAGCCAGGUAGCAAAAUGCAGGACAGAGAUGGUAUCCUGGCUGAUGGCUGUGAUCAGAACAAGUCUUGCCAAGGCAUCAACGACGGAACCCAGUUCAAGGGCGUCUUUGCUCGCAACCUAAAGCAGUUACACGCAGUUCGUCCGUCAAACCAGUACAAAACCUUCCUUGAGCGGAAUGCACGCACUAUCUGGCAGAAGGAUCUCCAUCUUGAGAACGGAAACUGUUUCAAUGGUGUGCUUUGGGGUGGCCCUUAUGUUACUGCUAGUGCCAGUUCUCAAAGCAGCGCCUUGGACUGUCUCAAUGCUGCCCAGGCUGUCGUUACUCAAGGCAAGGCUUUCAAGGCGCCAACUUAUCGACCUAACAAGCAGCGUGCAGACGCUGUCAAGGAGGCUUUCAACUUUUCAUGGAAGGGAUAUGUCGAUCAUGCCUUUCCUCACGAUUCUCUGCAGCCCGUCGAUAACACCUACAGAGACGAUCGCAACGGCUGGGGAGCCACUGCUAUCGAUGCAUGGAGCACUGCUAUCAUCAUGGAGGACAAAGAUGCUGUAAACAAGGUUCUGGACUACAUCCCAACUAUCGACUUUGACAGGUCUGCCACCGAUGUUUCCUUCUUUGAGACUUCCAUCAGAUACCUAGGCGGCAUGCUGUCUGGUUAUGACUUACUCGAUGGACCCAUGGCACACCUCAUCGAUGGCAACAAGACUCGCUUGGCGCCAGUGCUUGCACAGGCAAAACGCCUAGCAGAUAAUCUCAAGGUUGCAUACAAUACACCCAGUGGCAUCAACAUCAAUGGGCUUGAGUUCCACGGUCCCGGAAAUAUCGUUGCCCACAAGGACCCUGCCGCUGGUAUCGCUGGUGUCACUCUGACUCUUGAGUGGCAGCGCCUGAGCGACUUGACUGGCAACCCCGAGUACGGAAAUCUUAACAAGAAGGCCGUUUCAUACUUCUUGACUCCUUAUCCACAGUCUAAUCAACCGUUCCCUGGUCUCAUUGGUCAGAACUUUGACCCUAAUAAUGGUCACUCUCUCGACAAUAGUGGUGGUUGGACUGGCGGCAGCGAUAGCCAUUACGAAUAUCUCCUCAAAGCAUUUGUUUACAACAAAGAUGAAUAUGAAAAAUACAAGGAGCGAUGGGAGCUUGCAGCCACGUCUUCUAUGAGAUUCCUUGCUUCAAACCCUAGCUCGCGCUCAGAUCUCAUCUUUUUGGCAGAAUACUCGGGCCAGACUCUCAAAUACAACUCUCAGCACUUGGCCUGCUUUGCCGGCGGCAACUUUAUUCAGGGUGGACUGACUCUCGGCAAGCAGGAAUAUAUUGACUUUGGUCUUCGUCUCGUCGACGGCUGCCGCUCUACCUACCAAGGCACAAACACUGGCAUCGCUCCAGACUCCUUCUCAUGGCAGGACAUCGCGCACCGUGAGAACAACCCUCCCGCCGACCAGCAAGAUCGCUUCAACAAGUAUGGGUUCUGGAUCGACUCCGCCAACUAUGAGCUCCGUCCCGAGGUCAUUGAGUCCUACUAUUAUGCGUACAGAGCAACUGGUGAUACCAAGUAUCAAGAUUGGGCCUGGGAAGCUUUUGUACAUGUCAACUCGACUUGCAGAACGGGCUCAGGGUUUGCAGCCUUGAGGGACGUCACUAACCCCGGACGUGGCUUCGACAACCAUCAAGAGUCAUACUUCCUCGCCGAGUUUCUCAAGUACUCAUACAUCCUUCAGGCAGAUAAUGCCGAUUGGCAAGUCAAGGCGGACCAGACCAAUCAGUUUGUGUUCAACACCGAGGCGCAUCCUCUACGCAUCGCAAACAACGCUCGGAAUUAGAUAUGACGAAGAGUAUCCGAAAGCUUGACUCAAGAUAUAUACUGCAAUUGUGGGUAGGUCUGGUAGUAGUAGUAGUCAUGGCGAUUUGAUUGACUAUAUAAAUACAAAAUCAAUUCCAUCGCUUGUCUAGAAUGAACAUUAACGCUUUGUCAUGCUUUUCUGUUAUCCAAACAGGUGGGAAACUCCCUAUAUACGACCCUUGUCCAACACUUCUCGUUCUAAAAUCUCAAGCUGCCCAUUGGAGCUAAUGCGGCGGCGCUCCAUGACCCAGCGAGUUUCGCCACCCUCUUCUUCCUCCAUGAUAUAGGAUAUGCUAUCGGCCGAGCUAUUAUGUCGUCUAUGGCCUUUGCCAUGCUUAGAUGUCGGUAUUGUGCCAGCACUUGGCAUCAUCCCUUCUUGACCCCAUGCCCAUUCGUUCGAGUUGCGUCCUGGCAUCGCUGAGCCCGGAGCGGACUCUACAAUCUCGUCCUCUGGUACACUAGACUGCGCUAAUCUGGAUUCGCCCGGUCUGUACGCAGCUGGAGCUGAGUUUCCACGGAGCGGGUUGCCCGGCUGCCUCGCUGCUUGUAGGUUCAUAUAAUUGGAGUUGUGCAUAGUUUGUGACAUGCCCAUAUUGGAGCUCGAUGGAGAUGAUCCAACGUCUGAGUCGCGACUUUCGGCUGAGAAAUUAGAAUUCUGUCGCAUAUGGCCACUUCCAUGCAUUCCCCCAGCUGUGGGGGGUUGAGAUAUACCCCAUGGGCUAGAUGGCAGCUCGCCACGUUCAGACUGCGGUGAACCUUCCUUACUGGAUGCAAGGCUGGCCUGGGAGCCUCCCCAAGCCUUGGAUCGUAAACGCAUCAGAGCAGAAAGUGACAUGUCUUCGUCCCCGUACUCUGCCAACAUAGCAAGUUGGGCAAGGCCCGGGCUUUGAAGAGUAGGUGUACCGGCUUGGAAUCCUGGAAGACCCAUACUCAUGAUCGAAUUACGGUUAGAGUAUUCGGAGCGUUCGGUAAUAGGCGUCAAGUUUGGCUCGCGCGAUAUCAACCUUCCGCUAGCAGAACGAGCAAGAUCAGGAAGUCCUUUUGGUCCAAAGAACCCGCCCAUCUCCGCGGUCUUCUGUGUUGCGUUUCUGUGUGGCGAUGAGUAAAACCCAAACUCUUGUCCAUACCAGCCAUCGGAAUCAUUGGCAAGAGCUGUCGCAUUGGCUUCUGCAAUUAUUGCGUCAUCAUCUAAUUCAAACUCGUCCAUGUUCUCAUAUCCAAAAUCAUCGUCAUUAUAGUCAUCAGUGGGCGUUUCAAAAUGCCCAACCUCAGCACCAGGCAGCUCUGGAGACCCAGCUCGACAGAACUUACCCGACGCGGCGGCCUCAUAAGCCGCCGCCGCAAGGGCAGCUUGAUACACCGCCAUGGGAUCUUGCGUACCCGUUUGUUUGCUGCCGCCAAGGGCAGACACUAUCUGGUUUUGUCCAUUAUUUUGCGGGAGACUAGACGGAGCUAUAGUAUCUCUAUCGCUAAUCGACGUGUGCGCUGUAGACUGCGAAAUGGCCGAGUGUGCUGAGACGCCUGAUGUCAAGUCAGAUUCCCUAUUGGCGGCAGCCGUGUGAGCUUCGCGCCGAAGCGAUUGUGCCUUUGCAAAUGCUCCAGGAAGAGGUCUUCCAUAUUCGUCUGUAUCAUCCAAAUCGAAAAUGGACUCAUCAAACGGUACAGAGUCGUAUUCUGGUUCCGCUGCCAGGUCCUCUGCGAAUUCGUCUUCGUAGCCAAGUAGUCCAUCGUCGUAAUACAUGUCGUCAUCUCUAUACUGCGAGGCUGGAGGAGGCUGAAGGGCAGCAGGUGCUGCGCUGGUGUCUGUCAUGGGCGUACCGUGGUUGUCAAUGCCUAGCCCAGAAAUUUUGGUGACUAACGCAUCAUCCUGAGCAAUAACAUCUGUUUGUGCAGACGGUGGGAAUGUCUCGGUUGUCGGUGUAUCCUUGGUAAGUGCUGAUCCAAUGAUAUUGCCAUUGGCAUCCCUGGGAGUGGGUAGAAGACCGUCAUUUACUUGAGGGCUUGGAUGCAGAGAAGUAGGAUUGGACUGCUGGAAGACAAACUGGGAUAGCAUGCUUUGCUCAUGGCUGUCUUGCUGUCCUGUUGCCUGAGAGAAGCCUUUCUCGUCGUAGGUUGGCUCAUCAAGAUAUUGGUCUUGCAGACCAAACCCGUCAUCUUCAUCGUCCGAUGCGUUGACUCCCGGUAUGCGCUCUUCCAACCCGUCGUCGUCCAUCAUGGCAUCAUAAUCAAAAUCAUCAUCGAAUUCGUCAUACCGCGAGUCAGGGCGGAAGCCAUCGCUAGUUUCUUGCUUCUCUAUUUCUCGCUGACGAUGUUUCUCUUCCAUAAUCUUUUCCUGGCCCGUCGGACCGACAACAAAACUGAACCGGGACGAAGUACUCUUCAUAUGUUUCGGUAUAGUAGACAAAGACACGUUUCUUGAUCUUCUAAUCUUUGAACUCUUGGAAGUAUUAAUCGAAUCAGUGGAGCCAAGGCUGACAUGGCCAGUUGUUUCGUCUUCUUCAUGGAUUGGCAGCGCAUCGUAUCGUAUAUGCUGAGUGGUUGGAAUUGUGGUUGACGUGUUUUGAUUAUUCAGACCAGUACUAGGUUCCUCAGCAGACGGCGCCUGACUAGAUCCACUAUCUGUCUGUAGAACAGCGUUAUUUGAGAUGCCCCGUGGUUCAUAAACUUGGCUAUUAGCCGGAACUUGUGAUAGCUUUGCAGUAGAAUCUAGACGAGGCGUUGUGCUGCUAGUUCGAGGUGCUCCAAAGUCAUGUACUCUUGUACCUUUAAUGCUUGGGUCGUACAAUGUCUCAGUCUGUACUCUCAAAGGCUGCUGCAGUGUCUCUUGUUGCGAGCUCUGCCCUUUUCUUCGCGCCAAUAAAGUCGACAUGGGAUUUUUUAGAAACGGAAGGCCCUUUUUGGCGCGGUGAGGCUCCAUCGGCAGGGCCGCAGCUGAUGGACCGGGUUCGGGGGCGUUGUUCUGUGCUGAAGGUGACCAUCGGGACGAAAUGGGCGCAGAAAUGGAAGGCUUUGUCGCCGGACUUGGGAGGGAAGCGACAGUCUGUGAGUAAGGCUGUGAUGGUGGAGGCGGUAGAGAGGCGAGGUUGGGGAUAGGAGUUGGUCGUUGGCGAUAGUCGGGCUGCGGUGGUGGUGUCUGUCCAUCACUAGCAGUCGUGGAUUGUGCUGCUUUCAGACCUCUGCGGUAGUUUUCGAGAGCAACACCUCCGAUAAAUCCAGAUCCAGCAGCAUUGUAAGCUGAGCGAUGAGGCUGAACAGGUACAUAGUCGGUGGGAAGCUCUUGAUUAGCAAAGGUGUCAUCGGAUGCUCGUCGUCGGCCAUGGGAGGACUGAUAUGUAUUCUGUGAAUUCGAUGAGGCUUGGUGCAUAUGAUUCGGGCCAGAAAACUGCGCAUCAGAUGCUGAUACACCGUCGUGGUAUGGAGUCGAUGCCGCGUUAAGGGGCAGUGUCGAGGAUGGUUGGUCUGGAACCGGUGAGGUCGGGUUUGACGGUCCUCGCCGGAAUCGAAGAUGGGACAGCAUAUUCGAGGUAUGCAAUAACUUCAAACGCUUUGAUUAGAAAGAAAUGGCGCGAGUAUCUACUUGGAAGUGGGAAGACGCAGUUGCGAGCUUCACCAAGCAAAAAAGUAGGCAAGGUUCGGAUAAAUCAUCGGGCAUGCAUCGUUUCGCAGGCGCUCAGGCCGAUAAAUUGUGUGUGUUGAAUUCGUUGCUCGUAGUUAUUGAUAUAUUAGCAAGCAAAGCCAGUCAUUGCGAUGGCGACAGCGUGGUGAAGUCGUCCAGAAAUAACAGACAGAGCUUUGACGUUGCGACCGACGGACGCCAAUCCAAG